AGUGACGUGAUUGAGAAACGUCAUUACAGUCAUUAUUGUAAGUUGUUGAGGUUCUGUUAAGUUUCCGAAAUAAUUUACCGUUUACGAUGUGGCUAUUUUUAGUUGUAAUAGCCGUAAUAUGCGGUCUCCUAUUACUAUUACAUUAUUCAUUGGAUGAGAAAGUAUUGUAUAAAGAUCUGAAACAGAGACACGUAGUGGUUACCGGUGGAUCCAGUGGAAUCGGCAAAGCCUCGGCUAUCGAAGCAGCUAAACUUGGUGCUCACGUCACGGUCAUAGGUAGGGACGUGCAGAAACUGAAGGAUGCCGUUAGUGAAAUAUCAUCACACGCUGUAAAAGACCAGAAGAUCCAGUAUGUAACCUUGGAUGUGACGUCAAAUUACGAUGCAAUAGAGAAAUGUUUAUCCAAGUUGGAAGUAGAUGUCGGCCCCAUCUUCAUGCUCAUCAACUGCGCUGGCAACUGUAUUUGUGGGCAGUUCGAGAAUAUGAAAGUGGAGGACAUAAAGCAGAUGGUUGAUCUGAACUACUUUGGAACUGCCUAUCCGACCCGUUACGUCUUGCCGGGUAUGAAGGAAAGAGAGGAGGGCUUGAUUGUCUUCGUCUCCUCUGAAGCUGCCUUAUUAGGAAUAUAUGGCUACAGUGCAUAUAGUGCUGCAAAAUGGGCAGUCCGUGGAUUAGCAGAGUCUGUUUUCAUGGAGCUAGUAGGCACUGGAGUGCGCCUAACUCUGGCCUUCCCUCCAGACACGGACACACCUGGCUUCAAGAAUGAAGAGUUGACUAAACCAAAGGAAACCAAACUCAUUUCAGGCUCAGCUGGCCUAUUUUCCCCUGAAGAGGUUGGAAAGAAAAUAGUGCAUGACUCGAUGAAUGGCAAAACUUACUCAGUAUUUGGCUUGAGCGGUAAGAUGAUGUCAACACUCUUCUGUGGAUCCAUUGACAAUGUAAGCCAAGUUCUGUUACAAGUAUUCUCUAUGGGCAUUCUGAGGGUGGUCAUUGUUGGUGCUAUCCUGUCCUUCCAUAAAAUUGUGAGAGAUGGUUUGAAGGAGAGGAAACAAGAAACUUUGAAAAACAAAUAAAUACGUCAUAGAAAUAAAGAAAUAGUUAGCAAACAUAACUGAGUUUAAUGAAUGAUACUGUUAAGUAAUCAGCAUUUACAAUGUAUUUAUUCUGCGUUUCCAUUGACGCGGAGCUCCGCCCAGCGGGGCGGAGAGGAGCGGAGAUGUGCAGGAAUCAACCAAUCACCGUGAGGGAGAGAGUGACAGAGCAUCUUCGUUUUUUCGCUCUCUCGAAAUCUGUGAUUGGUCAAAUCCGCACAUCUCCGCUUUUCUCCGUCCAUUUCCGCGUCAGUGGAAACCUGGCCUUAUGGCCAGUUGCUUCUUUCUUUACAUUUAGAAAUAAAUAUAAUAUUUGUUACGUAGGCUGGAGAUUGAAACCAUGGGAUCAUAUAAGUCACAAUUUAAAAGUACUUACAAAAUAGUAAUCUUAAGUACAAUUUUUAAGCAUUUAUUUUAUCUUUAUAUUAUUAAUAUUGUUAUACAAAAUCGUAACAUUUUUGUGAUGUUUAAGCCAAAAUUAUUUUAUAUUAUUAAAUUCUUAGAGUAAGAAAUAUAACUUGUAACAUAGCAGACUAUGUACUCAACUAAAAUAUUUUUCAUGAUUAUUUCAAACAGCCAGCUUGCAGUUAUAUUACCUUGUUUUAUAAGUUAUUGGUGUUGUACAAAUAUGUAAUAUCAAUGGUGUUGUAAAAUAAAUAGCCUAUACAAUUUAUGUAUAUGUCCCACUGCUGGGCAUAGGCAAUGCAUCUCAAUGUAAAAUAAAAUAAUAUUUUUCGAA